UUCACCGCGCAUCGCGGAUCCAACCGUGUGAAAUACGCCUGGAUUCACCAGACACGUUCAGUUGUUAUAUAUAUAUGUAUCGUUGACAACCGUCUUGGGGUAAAGACGGAAGGUUUACCGUGUGUGAAAGUAUAGCCUUGUAGGCUAAUGAUGAACAACAGAGUCGUGCGCGUGUUGUGCCUUCUUCUUCUGGCACAUUCUGCAUUCCAGCAAACCAGCGAAAACACGUCCAGCUCGAGGGAGAAGAACGAAAAGAGAGACGCCAGCAAUGCUGCCAUCGAGGAGCUAAAGAAGCAGAUAGAAGACAUUGUCCUCGAACUGAACCUGCUGAAAGAACAGCAAGCUUUACAAACAGUUUGCCUGAAAGGCACCAAGGUCAUUGGUAAGUGUUUCCUGGCAGAUCCAGUGAAGAAGACGCACCACGCCGCUAGCGAUGACUGCAUUGCUAAGGGCGGGACCCUGAGUGCCCCGCUGAGCGGCGAGGAGAACGACCAGCUGAGCGACUACGUCCGCCGCAGCAUUGGCCCCAACCAGCACGUCUGGCUGGGAGUCAACGACAUGGUGACGGAGGGCGACUGGGUGGACCAGUCUGGCAGCGCGCUGCGCUUCAAGAACUGGGAGACGGAGAUCACCCUGCAGCCGGACGGGGGCCGCGGCCAGGACUGCGCCAUCCUCUCCGUCUCCGCCAACGGGAAGUGGUUUGACGAGAGCUGCCGUGGCGAGAGGGCCUCUGUCUGCGAGUUCAACAUCGUCUAGACACUUCCCAGACGGGCCGACACCCUGAGCUGCAGACACCCUGAGCUGUCAUUGUGCUUAUCCUGUAUCCUGCUCACUGUUACAGUUUCUGCUGUCUGCUGUAUCAUGCAGAGACAUGAUCCAUGUGGUGGAGUAGGAUGUGUCUGAAAGUCUGGAGAGUUUAGGUUAUGAUAUUUGUAUGAUCUAACACCCUGCUGUCAGACCAGUGAGUCAUGAGGACAACUAAUGUUCUUGUUUAUUCUUGUUUAUUAAACUUCUGGCCUGACAACAUGUACCCUCUUCUGAUGAAUGAAAUAAAACGUUUAAA